CGCUUGUGUGUUCAAAACUCCUCCACUGUACUGUAACGCUAAAGAGCUCCGGCAAAUGGAGGUUCCGAAGGAUCAAAUCGCUGCUCUUCUCGAAAAUGGCCUCUACAGCUCCGCUCAAACACUCGGUUCUUUCCUUGUUUCAUCUUCUUCCGUCAAUGCCGAAAGCAGUCCACACCUCAAAGCCGAAAAUCUGAUUCUUCUUGGCGAUGCUUUGUUUCGCGAAAGAGAGUAUUGCAGAGCGAUUCAUACAUAUAAGCAAGCUCUGCAAUACUACAAGAUUAUUCCCAAGCAAAAUUCGACUUCUAGAAGUUCGUUGUCCUCAUCAAAUAGGUCAUCUUCUCCAAAUUCUUUCAACAUAUCAGCAAUUAAUGAGAAUGAGGUGAAGUUCAAAAUUGCUUCUUGUCAUUUUGCUCUGGGCGAAACCAAAGCAGCACUUGUAGAGAUGGAGGGAAUACCUAGCAAAGCUAGAAAUUUGCAAAUGAGUCUCUUAAUGGCAAAGCUUUAUCGAAAUUCGAAGCAUAACCGGAGUGCUGUUGCUUGUUAUAGAGAAUGUUUAAGGCAAUGUCCAUAUGUCAUCGAAGCUAUCACAGCUUUGGCAGAAUUAGGUGCUACUGCCAAGGAUAUUAUCUCAUUGUUUUCCCAGACUCCAAAUAGAAGUGGGAGGGCUCAAUUUGACCAUAUUGAUUCAGGCCGUUGGCUACAACGCUAUGUUGAGGCCCAGUGUUGCAUUGCUUCUAAUGAUUACAAAGGUGGUUUGGAGCUCUUUGCAGAACUUUUACAACGUUUCCCUAAUAACAUUCACAUAUUACUUGAAAUGGCAAAGGUUGAAGCCAUUAUUGGAAAGAAUGAUGAGGCCAUAGUGAAUUUUGAGAAGGUUCGAGCUAUAGAUCCUUAUGUUAUGACUUACAUGGAUGAGUAUGCGAUGCUUCUAAAGAUGAAGUCUGAUUAUUCAAAGUUAAACAAGUUAGUGCAUGAUUUGAUAAGUAUUGAUGCUACAAGGCCAGAAGUUUCUGUGGCUCUAUCUGUUUUGUGGGAAAGGAAGGAUGAGGGGACUGCAUUAUCUUAUGCUGAAAAGUGUACCCGAAUUAAUGAGAGGCACAUACCAGGUUAUAUAAUGAAGGGAAACCUCCUCUUAUCAAUGAAGCAGCCAGCAGCUGCUGUACAUGCCUUUAGAGGAGCUCUAGAAUUAAGAGCUGAUCUUCGUUCAUAUCAAGGUUUGGUACAUUCCUAUUUGGCAUCUUCUAAAGUCAAAGAGGCCCUAUAUGCUGCCAGAGAGGCAAUGAAGGCCAUGCCUCAGUCUGCAAAAGCUCUAAAAUUAGUUGGGGAUGUACAUGCUAGUAACUCUAGUGGCAGAGAGAAGGCCAAAAAGUUCUAUGAAUCAGCACUCAGGCUGGAACCUGGUUACCUUGGAGCUGCACUAGCUUUGGCUGAGCUCCAUGUCAGUGAAGGCCGCAAUGAAGAUGCUGCAUCCCUGCUUAAGCGGUAUCUUAAAGAUUGGGCUGAUGACUCUCUUCAUGUCAAGCUUGCUCAAGUAUUUGCUGCUACUAAUUCGCUGCAAGAGGCUUUGACACAUUAUCAAGCUGCAUUGAGAAUAAAUCCACAGAAUGAAGCUGCCAAGAAGGGUUUAGAGCGGUUAGAGAAGCAGAUGAAGGGAGUGGAUCCAGAUGCCCCUGAAGAAGAUGAAGAAAAUGAGGUAGAUGAUGCUGAUGGAGAAGUAGAAGAGACUGAGCUUCUGUGAUGGUGAGUGAUUCAAGAUCUUUCAGUGGAAGAGAAAAAGACCCCUCGAAUUUGCUGAUUUUUAAUUAGAAAAUUCUCAUGACAACAAACCAAGGCAAGAAGUCUGGACGCCGCCCCAUGACCUGGCUUAUGAUUGAAAUAUUGAGAUUUUGAAGUUUCGAUAGAAGCAGAAAUCGACACCAGGUUAACAUGUACUAAUGCAAUGAUGAAAUGGUGUUUGCCUAUUGGCACCAAGUUGUAAAAAUCAAUGACACUGUUUCUUGUACCAAAAAAAUGAUACAGUUGUGUUUUAAUGAUUUAGUCUGGAGUAAGUUUAUGAAUUUGAAAGUUUAAAUAUAGACAGCUGAAGUAA